AUGCAUCACAUGGCCGAUAAACUCAAAAUCAAAGGAAGGCGCGAACUCCAGUGGAAACUGAUUCGUUGGAACAUAACAAACACCAAGGAAGAAGAAAAGAAGGAAACGAUCGAACGUAAUACAAGACGGCCGGAGGAAUCACAUCCCGAAGCCAUUGGCGAGCACAUUCAAACAUCUCCGAAUCCGCCCGUUAGAACAGCCUCCAACUUCACAGGAGCCACAAAAAAUAAGAUUUGGAGAAGGCCGAAGGAAGACGUUUCCGGAGCCGCUUUGAAAUUGUUUCAAAGAAAGAUUCAAAUCACUCGUUCAAACGACCCCAAACUUCACCAGUCGCCAUAUUAUACCCUAUUGGUCGAUGAAAUUUCAAGCUGGGUCGAGGACAUGAUGAUAGGAUUUGUGUGUGUGUGUGAUAUGAAAUGA